CAUCAUGUACGUGGCUACCUUUGACUGUCGGGGAAAACGUAUCGCGUGCGGCCGGUCGGAUGGACACUUAGCUCUGGUGGACACGAACACGUUUGAGAUUGUGCGAACACACGAAGAGCCGCAGAUAAGACGAGAGAAGCUCAUAGGCCUCACAUAUGGGGUAAAGGAUGGGUAG